AGAGAAGGGAAAGGGAAAGUGAAUGGGGACGGUGCAGCUAGUGGUGUGUCCUGAACGUCAUAUGGGCCGCCAGGCUGCCAUUGGCUCCACUCCGCUCACCAGACAGAUUGUUAUGACCGCUCGCCUGUCUGCGCUGUAGGAAUAGAUCUGUGCAGGAUGUGACCUAAUAAUUUAACAAACAAUGUAACGCGGCGGCUGCGGAGCGGAAUCGACAGCAAACUCGUAUAUAUAUUUUUAAAUAAUACCUUUCCAGAAAGCAGACCUCAGACGGUGCUGAAUGCUGUAGCUUGACUGGUGAUUCCAGUGUAGACCCACGCCAGGAAGUCCCCCGGCACCAAAUGCCAAGGAUUGAAGAGAGCUGCUGGACCUACAGCUACGCCCGGGCACAUAGGUCUGAAAGCAUCUCCACCAGCACGCUACUGGUGGCAAAGGUCCACGAAAUGAUGACCAUCCUCACCUCGGUCCUGGCGGCUGCCUACGGCUCCCUCGCCAGCGCCAAAGCCAUGAACUUACUGCGGCGGGGAUUAGUGCUCUUCACCGUGGGAGUCUUCCUGGCCCUCGUGUUAAACUUGCUGCAGAUCCAGAGACACGUCACCUUGUUCCCCGAAGAAGUAAUCGCCACAAUCUUCUCUUCCGCGUGGUGGGUGCCACCUUGUUGCGGCACGGCUGCAGCCGUGGUGGGUCUGCUGUACCCUUGCAUCGACAGCCAUCUCGGAGAGCCGCACAAGUUCAAACGGGAAUGGGCGAGCGUCAUGAGAUGUGUAGCAGUCUUUGUUGGCAUCAAUCACGCCAGUGCUAAAUUAGAUUUUGCCAAUAACAUGCAGUUGUCGAUGACUCUGGCUGCCCUCUCACUGGGCCUAUGGUGGACCUUUGAUCGCUCUAGAAGUGGAUUUGGACUUGGCCUUACAAUAGCCUUCGUGGCAACCUUGGUCACUCAACUGUUGGUGUAUAACGGCAUCUACCAGUACACUUCACCGGACUUUCUGUACAUUCGCUCUUGGCUGCCUUGUAUAUUCUUCUCGGGGGGAGUGACCGUGGGAAACAUAGGAAGGCAGCUGGCUAUGGGAGUUACUGAGAUCAGACACAAGGAAUGCCUUGACAAGAUGCACAAGGAUUGAACAACGGACUGCAAUCGAUAGGAGUGAUGAUGAUUCCAGUGUAGAUGCUUUGUGUGCGAGUGAGCUCUUAUAUAGGCCGAUGCGAGCUGUGGGUCCAUAUAUGUUGGAGCCUGCGAUUUACUGCAUGAUAUUCAUAAAAGAGAACAUUUGCAAUCUGUGAUUGCCUUCGUAAAAUUGAUUUGUUUCUUAGUAUCAACGUUUUGUGUCUGCAAUCUACAUACCGAGUCUGAUGGGCACACAUCAUUUAAUCGAACAUGAUGUGCAACGCCAUUCCCACUGUCGCUGCACCAAACCUAAUUAGCAAGCAUUGGGUCGGAUUGACGGAAGUGCAGUGUGCACAAGCUUGUUGUAUACCCCUACUUUGUCUCCUUAUUUAUUUCUCCUUUUCAAGUUCAAAUGUAGCAUAAAAAUGCAGCCGGGCUUCCAUUCCUCUUUGUUCUGCAUGGGGAUAACGAGGUGACCCCUGCUUCCCUUUCUCCCAGCUCUUGUUUAGUACCUGCAAGUGUCAAUAAUGUUCGCCAGACUUUCCUCCCGUGCCACAGUUUGUGCAGACCAUGGACUUGUUUAUGUGCAGAGUUACAAUGGCAGGGAUGUGCACAGUGCCGAAUGGAAGGAAAUGACUUCCCUCCGACUGGGGUGAACCAGCAUCAGAGUGAAGCUUUGCGUCCACUGCUGCCUUCCACAGUAUACUGAAGCGGGGACACGAUAAAUCCAACGCUCUUGGCUGAAUGGGGCAUUGCCUGCCACCCUACUCAUAGAGUGAAGUGAUUAUUUUUAUUUUUGUAUGAUUAUCCAGUGUUCCAGAUCUGAACCAAUCAUCAUUUGCACGCUUGUCAAUAGGAUGAUUUAUCCGAUUUUGUACAUUAAAUGCAUUCUUAGUUUUCCUCCAUUCUCACUGUUCUCAAUAAAAAUGUUCAAGUAAUUAUCAAACAA